AUGAAAGCAGAAACCCAGGAUCAGCCACCCUUCGAUUCAGAACAUCCGAAAGAACAUCUGAAACCCCCUAUGCCGGGGUUGGGGUAUAAAACUUGCUUGGUCGACAAUUGUUCACCAACUAGAACAGUUGAAAAGUACAUUCCCGAAGAAGAUAGAUGGCACAUGCUUGCGCCUCUGCCAGUUGCAACUCAUAGUCUAGCAGGUUGCGCGUUCAACGGCAGAAUGUACAUAAGUGGCGGAGUUGACCAGUCUGGCACUUCAAACAAAGUAUGGAGGUACAGUCCUGACGUAGACAAAUGGACGCCGAUGGCUCAAAUGCUAACUAAUCGAUCAGACCACAUAAUGACUCGCAUGAACAGCAAAGUGAUCGUAAUCGGCAGUUUCCGUGAUUUUGGGUUACCAUCUUGGAAUUUUGUAAUGGCCGGUGAGAGAUAUGAUUGUGAAACAAAUCAGUGGACAUAUUUGCUGACAUUGAAGAAGCCUGUCGUCAACUCAGCCUUCUUCACCAUGAACAACAGCCUGCACAUUUUAGGAAAAGAAAUAUCUUCAUAUAACUGCUCCAUUAAUACUUUCAUUCAGAAGAUUAACUUGAGCAAGUAUUUGGAAAUGAAUAACACGUCUGGAAAUGGUGACAGUAAUAUUAACAAUGAUGACAAAAAAUUUAAUGACAACAAUAACGUUGAUGGCUGUCAAAUUUUCAGUUACGAAGCCGACAUAUCGCUCAUUUAUCAUUUUUUCGGAAACGUGAUUACAUCGAAAUAAUUUUGAAAAGGAUUUCUACGGCACUGCUACGUAUUUUAUUUAUUUUGUAAUUUAAUGUAAGCCGUCUUUUUAUCACUUUACAAUAGGCACUUAACUAGGGAAAUAUUUUGUUUUUCUUCUGAUUUACUAUAACGGACAUUUACUAUCCAAUAGUGUCCGUGAAGUUAAGGCAACAGACCUGCUUAGCACCUGUGCUGUUAAAUUCACCUGUUAAUUAAAUUUAAAG